CUCUCGUAAGAUUACGCGAGAUAAUCAGAGGAGCAAAGUCUGUUGCUUGUCGCUAUUGGUCAAUUUGACAGUUGCAGCUCUAGCGAUGUUUUAUGUAUGAAGUUAUUAUUAUUUAUUUUCUGGUCUUGUUUUCUUCAUAAAUAGUUUUGUUUUAGCAAUGGUCGUCACAAUCGAAAUACGGAAGAUGUACAGAUAUCCGUUUGAGCGAGUGGUAGACAUGCAUCUGAACAAGUACCCCACGCCACUUGAGGAGCACAUCAAAGGUAUCAAAACAGUAGAAGAAAAGAAAGACAGCUCUGGAAUUAUUUAUAGACGGCGGAUAGCCAUCUGCAAUAAUGUGCUUCCCAGUAUCUUACGAAAGGUGCGCCUUAUGAAUGUGGAUGAUGUUUACAUGGAGGAGGAGUCCUGGCUGGACGAGAAACGAAAGACUAUGAACAUUCAGAGCCGAUGUCUAACUUGGAGCCAAUAUGCGACCUUACAAGAGGUGUCGAUUUUCAGAGAAAGUACAGCCAACCCCAACUGGACAGAGUUCUGGCAGAUGGGCAGCAUCAGUGUCACCGGGGUGGGAAGACUCAACCGACUGUUUGAGCAUUUUGCUCAGUCCUUCUUCAGAAGAGGAGUGAAGAAGAGUGUAAAUGUAAUGGAAGCCAUCCUGGAACAGCGAUAUGGACACCCCUGUUCUUAAAGGAAGACCCAUUCUAGUGGCUUUGAAGAUGGAUGCCAUGAUAUAAGUCAAAGAAGACACUGAAGCUGCAUUAUCUGCUGAAUUAGAUCAUUAUUGUUUAAGAAAGUCCAUGGUUUUGCUUAUUGAAUAUAGUGCUGUGGUGCAAUGCCUUUCUGAAUAUAAUUGUAUUAAGGCCUUUGCAGAUUUAUUAGAAUCUUUACAUUUUAGAGGUCCAACAAUAGACUUGGUGUGCUAUUUGACUCUGACAAAAAAUGUCAAUAUUCUCAUUUUACCUAAGCUCAGUUAGACUUCAAAGCCCCAUUAGAAAGUGCAGCAUGCUGUUCUCCGACCAAAAUGAAAGGCUUGUUUAUUUUUUUACAAUAAAAUAUGAGGCAGCUGGUUUGUACUAGAUUCUUGAUACAGGAAAUUAUUUUAAUUUAUUUUACUGUGCACUAAAUGAUUGGCACUAUAUUGCAUAAAUAAGUUUUGUUAAACAUACAGAGCUAAUUUACUACUAGUUCUGUUUGAUAAUACUAGUAUUUCUCUUGCACAAUUCCACUUUCGUCACGAAAAUGAAUUAGGCUGAUACAAUCCUUAGCUUUGCUAUUGCUUUUUUGUAAAACACAAAAAUAUUUUACUUCCACCUCACUAUACAUGUAUCAUUUCCAAUCCACAUUGAGAUCUGAUAAAAAAUAUCUGAUAUGAUUUUCUGUGUGAAUUGAUUGUUUCAUACUGUGAUGGAUGAACUGCCCAAGAGAGUAGUAACGUGUUUAAAAGGAAAAUAGAUAUAAUGUAGAUAAAAAAUUUCAGUUUUGGUGUACAGCUCGGGUACACAGGCCUGUAUCUUUGAUUCAUCAAUUCAAUCAGUUGGUUGUUGUUGCCAUUGUAUUAUUAAAUUGAAUGUUUUAUACUCUAGGAUUGCAGUGUCUGACUCAAAGAGUAUUGUGGUUGAGGAAUGAAAGCCUGGGCCAUUGAAACAGUGUUAUCCUGUCAAUACCAUUUUUCCAGUGCCUUUAAUGAACUUAGAGUUAUAGUGUGUAGACUGUGAUUACAUCUUUGUAUUGCAUCAUGGAAUUGUACUGCUGGAGAUGUUGGGAACUUUUGUUCAUAUUUAAUAAGGUUUUGGUCCCUGCUCCAUUAGUUCUGUGAAUUGUGAUUUGCUCCUGUGGGAAAGAUUUUGGAUUGUCUUGGGUACACCAUUGGUAUUGUCAGUUGGAGCUGUCCCUGUAAGGUUCUUCAAGGGUUACAAAGUGACCCCAACUGCCACAUUCUGUUGUUACUGUUUUUUUUUUCAACACUUUUCAGCUUUGCUCCACACAAUUUAUGGAGGUUAAAUUUCAUAAUGUAUUAAGAAAGGUUCAAUCAGUUGUAUGUAUUUUUAAUCAACAUUUGUAUUAAAAACCAGCUGGUUAUAUACAAUGAAUAAUCAUG